AAUAACCUCUGGAAGAUUCAAGAAGCUCCAGAGGUGAAGUAAGCCUGUGAAGACCAGCAUGGGAAUCCUAUACUCUGAGCCCAUCUGCCAGGCGGCCUAUCAGAAUGACUUUGGUCAAGUGUGGCGAUGGGUGAGAGAGGACAACCACUAUGUCAACGUUCAAGAUGGCUUCAAUGGAGACACUCCUCUGAUCUGUGCUUGCAGGCGGGGACACACGAGAAUUGUUUCCUUCCUCUUAAAAAGAAAUGCGAACGUCAACCUUAGAAACCAGAAAGAGAGAACCUGCUUGCAUUAUGCUGUGAAGAAAAGAUUUACCUUCUUUGAUUAUCUGCUCAUCAUCCUCCUGAUGCCUGUCCUGCUCAUUGGGUACUUCCUCAUGGUAUCAAAGACGAAGCAGAAUGAGGCUCUUGUACGGAUGCUGCUUGAUGCUGGUGUUGAAGUUAAUGCUACUGACUGUUAUGGCUACACUGCAUUACAUUACGCCUGUGAAAUGAAAAACCUGACUCUUAUCCCUCUGCUCCUGGGAGCCCGUGCAGACCCCACGAUAAAGAAUAAGCAUGGCGAGAGCUCACUGGAUAUUGCACAGAGACUGAAAUUUUCCCAGAUUGAAUUCAUGCUAAGGAAAGCAUCCUGAUCCUCAAUCAUGGGGCAUAGACAAAGUUGAAGUGCUGGAUUCCAUUCCUACCUGGGACUGUUGGUCUCUGGGCCUCUCAACCUGGAUGCCACCAUUUUAUAGGGAUGAUUCUGGUCACCGUGCUUAAUGUCUUCGAAGAGCUUUUUUUAUUUAUCAUGUGGUUUACUCACUGGAGAUCACCAUGGCCAUAGUCCUUCUGGGGGAGACAUUAUGAUUGUUGGAAUCUCCACUGCAGUCAAAAAAUGGAUCUUUCAAAGUCUGCCACUCCUGAAGAAGAGGUUCAGAGCCAUCUGAAAGAUCCUGCUCUCUUCCUAGCUGUACCACAUUAUAGAGAGGCCGCCUGUCUGUGCUACACCCUAGGAGAAAAGUAGUCCUUCUCAGGGCUGUUUGUAUACUAGGAGGAAGAAUCAAAGUUUGUACAUUUGUAUAGAUGCAUGUAUGUUUGUGGAUUUAGAGAUGCACGUGUAAAUAUU